AUGUCUUCCCUCUCGGCCGAAGAUGACGACAUCUUCGAACGCCUCCAGCAGCGCAAAGACCCCAAGGUGCUGGAGGAGCAGCAGCAGGCCGUGAACGAGCGCAUGCAGGCCAUUUACCAGAAGGCUCAAGCUCGUCUGUCGGAACUGAUCGAUCAAAACUCCACCUUGCCAUGCACGAUCAACUCGGUGCAAGUUCUAAAUGCGCCUCAUGUCCGCCACAGCUUCCUCGAGCGUAUCUUCAAUCCUCUCCUGAGCGCGAACCACUCCCGACCCUACACCUUGUCUGAGGCUUUGCGGGAGGUUUCGGCACGGGCAGAUAAACUCGGAAGAUUCGAUCUUUUUCAGCAACCUAUCUCGGUCUACUUGGACGAGUCAGCGCCGGAUGGCCAAACCGGGCUCCGCAACAUUGAUGUGCUCCUCGCCGUUCGGGAGAAAUCGCGAGUGCUACUGAAGACCGGUACAGACCUUGGAAACGCGGAAGGGUCGGCCUACGGAAAUCUGUUGUGGCGCAAUGUCUUCGGCGGCGCGGAAACAUUGAACUUAAACGCCUCCCUGGGCACUCGAACGCGGUCUGCGUACCAAGCUACCUUUGAGACGCCGAUCCUGAGCGACCCGGACUUCCGCCUGGAGAUUGGCGGGAUUGCCAGCUCAACCCAAAAGUCGUGGGCGAGCCACGAAGAGGUGCUCAAGGGCGGUUGGGGCAAACUUCGGUGGAUGACCCAAUCCGGGCAUCGUCAUGAGCUGGGCUACAAUGGUUUCUGGAGACAACUUACCGGACUUGCCGAGAACGCCUCUCCCACCGUUCGGGCGGAUGCUGGUGAUAGCGUGAAGAGCAGCAUCUUCCACAGUUGGGUGAACGAUCGCCGGGAUAACCCUCUACUGCCUUCACGGGGCUACUACGCCAAGGCGUUUAAUGAGCUGGCUGGCUGGGGCCCUUUGAAGGGAGAUGUAUCUUUCUGGAAGUCGGAAGUGGAAACGCAAGGCGCCAUUCCGAUCCCAAUUCCUUUCAUUAAAGGCGACAGUGGCAUCAGUCUUACUACUGGGUUCCGCGCUGGGCUGCUCUAUCCUCUCGGCCUGGGCUCCAACUCUCACCCCCAGCUCUCCAGAGUUAACGAUCGCUUCCUUCUUGGAGGACCGACGGAUGUCCGGGGCUUCCGUCUAUGUGGUCUCGGACCCCGUGAGGGCCCUGAUUCCCUUGGCGGCGACGUGUACGCCGCUGGAAGCGCCAACCUGCUUUUCCCACUGCCCCGAGUGGGUGCCGAGAAGCCCAUUCGCAUGCAGGCCUUCCUAAACGGUGGACGGCUGCUGCCCCUCCGCACAUCUCAGAAGAACAGUCCGACCAGCAGCGGCGAGGUGCAGGAUGCGAUGGUUUCUACUUUGUCUGAACUGCAGAACGGUCUGCCCAGCAUCGCAGCGGGUGUUGGAAUUGUGUAUGCACACCCCGUGGCACGCUUCGAGCUGAACUUCUCCCUGCCACUGGUGCUACGUAAGGGCGAGGAGGGCCGCAAAGGGUUGCAGCUGGGGAUCGGAAUUAACUUCCUGUAG